AAUAAUCAAGAAUAUUUUAAUGGAAAUAAUUAUCUACAUUUGCAAAAUUUAAUUACUAUUAUAACAAAUAUUAAAAAAUUUAUGAAAAAUAUUUCUCAAAUGAUAACUUUGUUAAAAUUAAAAUAUAUACUACCAGAAAAUAUAGAGAAAGCUCUUAAAGAAUUAUGCGGAGAUUUUGACGUUUGUAUAAUCAAAAUAGAUGCAACAAAUUUUACCACUACGAUAAAGGAUAAAAUUCGUCCUGAAGAAGAUGAACAAAACUUAAAAGCCGAUCAAGAUGAUUUAAAUAAAUAUUUUGGACAAAUAGUUGGAGUUGACGACAAACACAAAGAAGAAAUGAUUUCAAAAAUCAAUAAAAUCAGUAUAAUGAAAACCACGAUGGAAAGUUUUUUGGAUAAGCAAAUGGAUAAUGAAUAUAGCCAAAAAAAAUAUCAAAUGAAAAUUGAUGAAAUUUUUCAAGCACAUCAAUUAAUAUUUUCUGAUUACAAAAAAACUGACAAGAAACCACGUAAGGAUGGGAUUGUGACUAAAUGGGUUAGUGCAAAAAAUGAAGAAGAAGAAUAUGCAUUUAAAAGUAUAUCUGAGGAAAACAAAAUUAGCGUACAAAAUCAAGUUAUAAUUCUUAGAGAACUUCACAAUUGGCAGAAUAUAAUAAAAUUUUACGGUCUUACUAAUUAUGAAAAUAAAUGGUAUUUAGUAACUGAAUGGGCUGAACAUGGAAAUUUACGUGAAUUUUAUACAAAUAAUAAAAAUUCAUUUGAUACCAAGCUAAAAUUACGCGUAUCCCUCGAUAUUGCUCGUGAAUUGAAUUUUUUAAGAACUGUAGAGAUUUUACAUCGUGAUAUUAGAGCUGAGAAUGUAUUGAUCACAAAUAAUAAUACAGCAAAACUUACGAAUUUUAAAUUAAGUCGUUCAUAUAAAGCAGAUACGCUGAAUCAAAGCCAUAAUUUAGAACAAAUUCGGUACUGAGCUCCUGAAAUAUUACAGAGGACUCCAGGCUUCAAAUACAAUAAUAAAUGUGAAGUUUAUAGCUUUGGAAUUUUACUUUGGGAAAUUUCAGAAGAAAAAACU